AUGCAAGUGUCGAAAGAUGCUGCAUCGAUUUUCUGUAUUGAGGAGUUUAAGGAUAAAGAUUAUAAAGUUUUAAGUAGGUUUAUAGGUUACAGGUGUGUUGAACUUCACUUCGUUGCACUUCGUUACGUUCAACUGUUUAUAGAUUACAGUAGGUUUAUAGGUUACAGGUGUGUUGAACUUCACUUCGUUGCACUUUGUUACGUUCAACUGUUUAUAGAUUACAGUAGGUUUAUAGGUUACAGGUGUGUUGAACUUCACUUCGUUGCACUUCGUUACGUUCAACUGUUUAUAGAUUACAUUAGGUUUAUAGGUUACAGGUGUGUUGAACUUCACUUCGCUGCACUUCGUUACGUUCAACUGUUUAUAGAUUACAGUAGGUUUAUAGGUUACAGGUGUGUUGAACUUCACUUCGUUGCACUUCGUUACGUUCAACUGUUUAUAGAUUACAGUAGGUUUAUAGGUUACAGGUGUGUUGAACUUCACUUCGUUGCACUUCGUUACGUUCAACUGUUUAUAGAUCACAGUAGGUUUAUAGGUUACAGGUGUGUUGAACUUCACUUCGUUGCACUUCGUUACGUUCAACUGUUUAUAGAUUACAGUAGGUUUAUAGGUUACAGGGACCGGUUUUUAAGGCUUCCCGGGACACCUUAG